UAUAUUACCUUGUCAUGACAGAAUCUGCAGUGAACCAGUGAGCACUAUGCAUCCAGUGAUAAAUGUCAAAAACUUUGAGCGUUUCUCUUCUAUAUAAUGUCUGUUUCUAAGCUGGUCAAAGCUUAAAUCUGACAGGUUAAAUAAAAAAUGUAACAGGUAUUUGAUGCUUGGGUUUUUUUUUUAUUUCAGUAAAAGUACAGAAUAGUUUUGAUACAUAAAAAUCCCAUCUUUAUUGUAAUUUUAGAAACAUGUUGAAUUACAUAGCAAGAGUUGCAUCCAGUACACUAUUAAACUGCUCAAGAUCUUCAGCAUGUACUUGGUCUCACCUCAAUAAUUUCUCAGGAAUUUCUAAACAGCUUCAAGACUUGCAGUCGUUGAGCAGUCCAGUGCUGCUGACAAGACUGCAUGUGAGUGCUCAGCUCAAUGUCAACAAUGAUGGCUUGAAGUACCCACCUUAUGAUGAGGAAGUUUCUGCAUUUCAUCGUCACAACCUUAAGAAAUAUCCACCACAACAGCCAGGGGAGCCUCCAAGACCAGCUUUUGUGUGCCACGAGAAGCGCAACAUCAAAUACUACCCAAAGAAAAUGGAGGUCGUUGCUAGGUUCAUCCGAGGCAUGAGUAUAGAAGAUGCAAUCAAUCAACUUAAAUUCUGUCCUAUGAAAGGUGCAGUGGAUGUUCUCGAGACUUUAUUGGAGGCGCAGAAGAUGGCGGUCGAGGAGCACAACGUGGAGUUUGCUUCCAAUCUCUGGGUUUCGGAAUCGUUCUGUCUUAAAGACUCGGUGAUCAAAACUAUAAGACGACACUCGAAGAUGCGCAUAGGAGUCGUCAAGCAUCGCUACGUGCAUUACUGCUGCACCUUAGAAGAAGGCAAACCGCCCGAGCACUAUUACCACUACAGACGACCUCUCCAGCCUCAAGAACAGCUCGAAGAGUGGUUACAGGAAAAAAGGGAUCGAGUAAUUCCGUACGGAUUAUAAGUAAAUCCUUGGUGAGUGGAUCUUAGGAACUCUAACAGCCAUAAUUGUGUUAAAUGAUGGCCAACUUUGAAGUGAUAGUCUCAAUUAUUUAGUAAUAUUAUCAGCAUUUAAAUUUGUAAUUUUUUUACGCCAACCGGCGGGAUAGUAUUUUUUGGCAAUCACUACAGGGCCUCGCACUGUUCUGGGAUCAUUAUCUCCGGCAAUUUUUUCGAUAAUAUUAUGAUUUUCAGUUACGCUCAAAUUCCACCGAAAGUUUGAGGAUUUGUUGUAAAGAAACAGAUCAGUAAAAGCAAAAUUUAAUGUUGGUAUCAAUUAACAACAACAAUAAUAAUAAUUUUCUUUAGAAUACCAGUAUUCACCUAUUCAGUAACAAUUGUACUGAUUACAUAGUACUAAUUGUUAUGGUUGUUACUAGUUUACAGAAAAUUGUACUAUUGUUCUGUCUCUGGCUCGGUUUGUAAAUUACUAGAAAGAAUAAAAAUGACACCAGCAA